AUGAUGGUGGAAGUGGAGAACUUUGGCUUCUUUUUUGUGCUUUCCCUAUUGCUACCUGCAGGGGAGCUCAAAGCAAAGCCCCCCUGCCCUGAAAGAAAUAAGAUUAAGCACAGUCAUUGGGAGGACCGAACAUCCGUGUCUGAGGGAAGAGGAAGCUAAACGCCCAAGUUGUGUCUGAUGGGUCUUUGAGGCCAAGAUGGUUCUCAGCUAUUCAGUGGGUCAGGAAAAGGUCUUCCCAAAGUAUGAGGAGGGACUGAGUAAUCUUUCAAAUUUGUAAUUGGAUACCUUAGGGGAGCAGAGGCAGACAUGGAACCUCAGGAAUCUAGGUAUUUAAUACUAAUGAGGCUGGCACAGCUUAGUGGUAGAGCACUUGCCUAGCAUGUAUGAAGCUCUGGGUUCAGUCCUCAGUACUGCCAAAAAAAGAAAAAAGAAUACACACUUUGGGAUAUGGAUUUGGUGAAGGAGCUAGAGAAUGUGUGGGGGUAAAGAGAAAGAUGGAGGAAGGAAGGAGUGAGACAGGCCGGGCAAUCAUCAGUAGUCUUCAGAUCUUAACUUAUACUUUACAGUUUACAGAACACUGAUACUUUGCUUCUCUGUCCUGGCAAUCACUGUGUGAGAGAGGGAGUGUGGUUAUCUUUAUCCACACCCAACAGGUAAGGAAACUGCUUGGAGAACUUCAAAGAUUUGCCACGGGACCCCAAGUAACAGUGAUGGCAUUAUGGCCAAAGCUGUGUGAAUCAUACAUUUGAAGUACAAGCCCAAAAGUCCUGAGCUCCUGAGAAGUGGGGCUGGUGUGAGUUAGAGUUGGAGGUCGAGGGAUUUUAGGAGCAUCUCACCAGUCUUGUUCCAUGGUGAGAGGUGGGAUAACUGGGAGGCUCCUAGGAUCCUAGGUUGAGCUGGGGAAAAGGAAGGCCAUCACCCGCAUGCCAUACUCCAGACUCCUGUGGCCUGGCCCAAGAGGGCCUGCAAAGGUGCCGUGACAAAGAGGUAUCUCUGGAGCCCAGGUACUGGGGGAAGCUCUAGGCAGGCAGAUAAACACAGCAAGUUAAUGUCAGGGUUUCAGUCGCCAUCAGUGCCAAGUCCCUCUGACUCAGUGGCUUGGUAGGGACACUUUUGGGCUGCGUCCAGGAACUCUACCCAGCCUUAGCAGAGGACACACUUUGUUCUGCAUUUCCUGCCACUCCUGGUGGCAAAAGAUUGCAGUUCCACUGAGAUCACGCAAGCUUGCUUUUAGGGAGCAGUCAGAUGAGGCAUGUGGUUUCCUCACAGUUAAACAGCCAUGAACAAGCUGCAAGGCAGAAAAGAUGGGCACUCCCUGGUGAGCAGUUCCUCCAUCUCCUCAACAAAUUAGAUGCUCAAGACCAGCUGCUCCCAGCCUUGCUUACUUUGUUCUAGGAGGCAGCUCCCAAUGGGUGUGUCCCCGUGGAAACUCUCCAGGAAAACAUCUGCCUUCUUACUGAAAUUUCACUCUAAAAUCCCAAAGCCAGGAAAAGCCUAAUUACCAGUUUCACUGACAGAGAAAUCAAAGCAUUUUUUAAAAAGUGAUUUGUUUGGUUGGUGGGUGCUUGGAAGAAUGAAGUGACUUUAGGAUCUGUUUAGUUUCCAUAGGCUUCCGUGGGCUCCCAAGAUGCCAUGCAUCUGUGUGGCUGGUAUUGGGGACAUCAUGGAUGGCCUGUCUGGAUCAAGAACCACAGCAGUUGUGCCUUGCUGCACUCUUCUGUAGGGAGAUGACCAGCACAGCCCCCCACCCCCACAAAAAGCAACUCUUGGAGACUGAACCUUUGAGAGGGAAGGGGUGCAGUUUCCCCUCCUGUUCUGUGAUUCAUCCUCACCAUUAUCCUAGCAACCACUCCAUCCUCAAGACUAGGGGUAGGGGGAGGUGGAGGCGGGCGCUUUAACACGGGAGAUAGUGCAAUGCAGGGACAAGGGCAGGACAGGGAAUACCACUCACUGAAAGACCUCAUCCCUUCUGCCUGGUGCAAGCUGAGGCACUGAAAGUCAUUAUUUCUGGGAUAUGACACACUCCUCCCAAGGGUACCUUUGAUUUUCUGCUUCUGGAAAGCAAUAGCCUAAUCAAAAUAGGUGAAGAGUAAUAUGUAUAUUUCAGUGGUCAUCUGAGUCAGAUGGACACAUGCCCCAAUUCUCUUCCUCAUCUUUCGGAUCUCAGCAGACUCACCUCUCACUGCACAAUUCAGAGACGGGCACUCCGUAAAUGCAUUCAAUAAAUGUCUAUGCCAAGGGAAAAUAACUUGCUGGGGAAAGGAGGAGUCAAUCUUGUAUGUCUCCCUCCCUUUUUUCCUCCCUGUGCGACCUUUAGGGCUCUGGUUUCCUACAAGUAAUGAAUUAUUUACAUCUGCUCAUAGCUAUCAAAUUGGUCCCUUCCAGGUUGCCAGCAGGGUGGGGCAGGGAGGAGGCUUUGUUCGGGGACUGUAAGUAGGAGGAGCAACUACCUUGUUCAAACAACGCAGACAGGUGGGUGCCUGCUUUUGCUAAGUCAUCCUGAGAAGCAAAGGCCCAUUGUGAGAUCUUCUGUCCUUCCUAGCUCCUUCCUCCCCACUCCCUGGAGAAACCCUUAAGUGGGUUCACACCACUCGCGGGACUCACUCUGCACUUCACCAUGGCCUACAUCGCCAAGUCUUUCUAUGACCUUAGUGCCAUCAGCCUGGAUGGUGAGAAGGUGGAUUUCAACACCUUCCGAGGCAGGGCCGUGCUCAUUGAGAACGUGGCCUCCCUCUGAGGCACUACCACCAGGGACUUCACCCAACUCAACGAGCUGCAAUGCCGCUUUCCCAGGCGCCUGGUGGUUCUUGGCUUCCCUUGCAACCAAUUUGGACAUCAGGAGAAUUGUCAGAAUGAGGAGAUCCUGAAUAGUCUCAAAUAUGUCCGCCCGGGAGGUGGAUACCAGCCCACCUUUACUCUUGUCCAAAAGUGUGAGGUGAAUGGGCAGAAUGAGCAUCCUGUCUUCGCCUACCUGAAGGACAAGCUCCCCUACCCUUAUGAUGACCCAUUUUCCCUCAUGACUGAUCCCAAGUUCAUCAUAUGGAGUCCAGUGCGCCGCUCAGAUGUGUCCUGGAACUUCGAGAAGUUCCUCAUAGGGCCGGAGGGGGAGCCCUUCCGACGCUACAGCCGCACCUUCCCUACCAUCAACAUCGAGCCGGACAUCAAGCGCCUCCUCAAAGUUGCCAUAUAGACGUGAGCUGCUCAGCACAUGGAUCUCCUGCUCUGUCCAGUCCCUCAGUGUCCUUCCAUAGGAUUCAGCGUGCCCUCGGGAGCCACUGCUGGACCGAAGCUUUCCCUCAACCUCACCCCCUUCAUUGAAGAGCCUGCAUCUCCCAUCUGCCUCUUUCCUUUUCCUCCCUCAACCCUCUGGGGACAAACUUGGGGCUCAAAUACUGGGCAGCAGGCUCUGUGCCUUCACAGAAUGAGGGUACCUUCCUAAACCCUUCUGGGUGGUGUCUGAGAAGUGUGAAGGGCCCAGAGCCAUCCUGCCAGAUGAGUCUAAUAAAGGGCAGAU